CCCUCUAACCAUUAACCAGCGCUGGGAAGCUGGCAAACAAGAUCUAGCAGAGACAGCCCAGCAGGCUUACUGUACACGCACUAAGACCCAGGACAGGAAGACCGAGCCAGCAGUUGCAGCCUGAACCCUCUGCAGACUGGCCUAGUCAACCUGGACAAUGCUGCUCACCCUGUCCACCUGUGUCUUCUGGCUGUCCACCUGUGGCCUCUGGGCUGUCCAGGCUAAAGACCCCAAUGCUGAUGUGAGCACAAGGACACCUCACCGGGACUUGGCCCCAAACAAUGUUGACUUUGCCUUCACCCUGUAUAAGCACCUGGUGGCCUCAGCACCCAGCAAGAAUGUCUUCAUAUCCCCUGUGAGCAUCUCCAUGGCCUUGGCUAUGCUGUCCCUGGGUGCCAGCGGCUCCAAACGCGUCCAGCUUCUCAAAGGCCUUGGUUUUAACCUCAGUGAGACAUCCGAGGCCAAGAUCCACCAGGGCUUUCGGCACCUCAGACAGCUCUUUGCUCAGUCAGACGUCACCUCUGAAAUAACCGUAGACAAUGCCUUAUUCCUUGACCACAGCCUGGAGCUUCUGGAGUCAUUCUCAGCAGACACCAAGCACUACUAUGAUUUGGAGAUCUUGGCUACAGAUUUUCAGGACUAUGCCAGAGUCAGCAGACAAAUCAAUGAGUAUAUCAAGAAUAAGACACAGGGAAGAAUUGUGGACUUGUUCUUGGAGCUGGAUAGCUCUACCAUGCUCAUCCUGGUAAACUACAUCUUCUUCAAAGGCAUGUGGGCACACGCCUUUGACCUGGAAAGCACCAAUGAAGAGAACUUCUACGUGAAUGAGACGACCGUGGUGAAGGUGGCCAUGAUGUCCCAGUCAAGCGCCAUCAAGUACCUCAAUGACCCAGAGCUCCCCUGCCAGCUGGUACAGCUGGACUACGUGGGCAACAAGACUGUCUUCUUCAUCCUUCCAGACAAGGGGCAGAUGGACACUGUCAUCGAUGCUCUGAGCCGGGACACCAUUCAGAGGUGGUCUGAGUCCCUAACCAGUAGUCAGGUGGACCUGUACAUCCCGAAGAUCUCCGUUGCGGGAACCUGUGACCUCGGGGGCAUCCUGGGGGACACAGCCGUUACAGACUUGCUCAAUAACCAGGCAAACUUCUCAGGCAUCACUCAAGGCAUCCACUUGGAGAUGAUGAAGAUGGUUCACAAGGCGGUGCUGCAACUCGAUGAGAAGGGCAUGAAGGCAGCUGCCCCCAUGGGCGUCAUCCUGUUCAAGGCAUCCAAGCCUCUAACCCUCCGCUUCGACCGGCCCUUCAUCAUCAUGGUCUUCGACCACUUCACAUGGAGCAGCAUUUUCCUGGGCAAGAUUGAGAAUCCAACCUAAGGGCACAGCCCCUUCCCUGAAGCCACAGUACCUUGUGGCUUUGGGCAUCAGGGACCCCAUGAAAUGCUCUCAGGAGUGCGACGUUCUCCCCGUCUUCUCCAGGGUCCCCUCUCAUAAUAAAUAACUGCCGCUGUGACUGCUGACAAGUGUGGCUGAAGGGACAGAGUGAGACAAUUGACAAAAUGGAAUCAUCUCAGUAUAACCCUAUGAAUCUAAGUUCCCGGGUUUGAUCAUUGUACUGUGGUCUGUAACAUGCAGAAGCUGGGUGAAGGGUAUAUGGAAACACUAUGACUUUUGUAAGUUUGAAAUUAUUUCUAAA